AUGUUGAUAGAGUAUUUCAUUUACAGACUAGGGAAUAUCUUCUUGAGUGAAGGUGACCAUCAAGAGGCCCAUGCUUACUACCUGGAUAUCUGCUCCAACAGUCCAACACCUCUCUCUUGGCUUGGGCUUGGUGUUACAGCCUUCUUGAACCAUGACUUGGAUGAUGCUGAACUGGCAUUGAGUGAAGCCAACCUGUUGGACUGCCGGUUGUCUCAAGUCUGGGGCUACUUGGCUCUGGUGAACCUGCUGAUGGCACGCCCUGAGAUCUACCAUCGAUGCCUGAGUCAAGCUCUGCGGUAUGGUUUGGACGAUCCUGUACUUCUUGAGAGACUUAACAUUCUGGGACAUCUUGUAGAGCCAUCUUGAGACUUUCAUGUCAUAUUGAGUUAAUUCUACGUUAUAAUUUAUUUCACUAAAUAAAUGUUUUUCAUGAGAAGAGAU